GAAGCGCCUUCAGCGUCUCCGCUACUACUAGUACUACUACUGGGCGCUAGCGAUAUCCACACACACUGCACUGACUGUGGAUCGGAGAGAUUUUUCUUCUUGUUGACUGUUCGCGCUACAAGUAGACUCGUAGACGCGUCGACGGUCUACUCACCUGCUUCCCAGGUCAGGCAAAUUUAAUUUCUCUCUUUCCUGUGAGCAUUGGAUGUCUUGUCUUUUCCUGUGAGGUUCUACUAUCCAGAGCUUGUUGUCCUAACCAGCGUGUAGUAUUUUGAAAGCCGCGUGGCUGCAACGGGGCUACUGACGUUCUUCUUCUCAGGAAGUUCAGAUUUUCUUGCCCUAAAGUUCUGCUUGAGAAGUUGUCAAUGAGAGUGGUUGUAGUGAGUACAUGUAGGUGCUAAAUCAAUCACUGAACUAUCCUUACUCACUCAGUUUCUGGGCGAGAACGAUAUCCGCAAGAAAGCGUUCCUAUCUCCAGUGGCUGUCUGGAUGAACGUAGCUGGCACGUCAGAAAGCUCAGCAAUGGAGGUUGACACAACAGCCUCAGCCUGCCCUUGUCCUGUGCCCCCGCGGAGGUUUAUCAGUGGUGUCGUCGAAGGGUUUUAUGGACAGCCAUGGCCUACCGACCAGCGGGAGCGUCUCUUCCAGAGGUUGGGCCACUGGGGCAUGAACUCCUACAUGUACGCACCGAAAGAUGAUGCAAAACAUCGUCAGCAAUGGAGAGAGCCACUGAGUCCAUCUGAGUUAGAUACGGUAUCGAACCUGAUGAACUCCUGUCGCGCAGAAGGUGUUGACUUCAUCUUUGCCAUCUCGCCUGGCUUGGACAUGACAUAUUCCAGCGAGCAAGAAUUGAAUUUCUUGAAGUACAAGCUAGAUCAGGUUGCGCGUCUUGGCUGCAAGUCAUUUGCAGUUUUAUUCGAUGACAUUGAGCUGAGGAUGUGCGAUGCUGACAAUCUGAGGUUUACAUCGUUCGCUCACGCCCAUGUUCAUGUGACUAAUGCUAUCUAUGAAUACUUGGGCAAGCCGAGAACAUUCCUCUUCUGUCCAACAGAGUACUGUGGAUCAAGAGCAGUUCCGUCUGUGUCUGAGUCUCAAUAUCUGCAUACAGUUGGAACUCAGCUGGACAUCGAAAUCAGUGUGCUGUGGACAGGCCCUCUUGUCAUCCCACGUGACAUCUCAGUACAAUCUAUUCAAGAAGUGGGCAAAGUCCUUCGUCGCCGUCCUGUCAUCUGGGAUAACUUACAUGCCAAUGACUAUGACCGUCAGCGUGUGUUCCUUGGACCGUAUCAGGGUAGACCACUGACCCUGCGUCGUUACAUCCGCGGCGUGCUGACAAAUCCCAACUGUGAAUGCGAGGCAAACUUUGUAGCUAUGCACACGCUCAGCACAUGGUGUUCCACGCCGGUCCCACCGGCAGAACCUCCUCCUGCAGAGCUUAGUACAGACACCAAGAUCACGCCUGAUAGCCCUGAUGCCAGAAAUCAUGCAAGUCAAGCAGCAGCAGCAGGUUCCACUGCAGCUGUAACCAUCGGCACCCCUAGACCACCGAGCGACGUGAUCAGUGGGACCAACAGCAGUAAUAACGCUACCGCCACAGAUGCUCUGACACUGAGCAGUUCAUGCGGCUCCAAUAUCAGUGUAUUGUCUGAGAUUCGAACAAGUGAUGACGAGUUCUACUGUGCUAGGCACGCUCUGCAGUUAGCCUUAGCUGAGUGGUCGUUAGAGGUGAACACGGCACGGAUAGAACACCUUGCUGAGCUGGCAACCAGUGCUGACCGGGAUUCACACCGGUCCGUAUGCUCACCCAUUGGUUCUGUGGAUAGUGCAUGUGUGCUGUCAUCCUCCACGAUCCCACCACACCAACACCAGCAGCAGGAAGAGCAGGCUGUUCAUAGUCCACCAACACCAGUCAACCCGCAAGCAAUAAUGGAAGAUGAUCAUUUAGCACUGCUGGUGGAUGUUUUCCAUCUGCCUCAUGAGCAUGGCUCCGUGUCCACACAUCUUCUCAAACAAAUCUCCUGGCUGUGGAGAUCGUGUGGCUGGAGCUCAGUUGAUCCAGCCAGUGUCUUGCAAUCCUCUCCACAGUCAACAAGCAAUGCAUUGCUGGAAGAAGUGAUGUGUGACACUGGUUGUGUGGAUGUUCUUGAGCAGCUCAAUGUCUAUACUGCCCCAGCACCAUCGUCACCAAAAGAAGACGUAGCUAUGAGUACUUGUAGCUUAUUGCAAGCUGAUGCUGCAAGUGAUGUUGAUAUGCAGUCAUCUCCAGCAUCUUCAUUCUCGGCAGUCGGCGAGUGGUCUCACGACUACUGUCAACAAUGGCGCCAGCAGGCUGCUGCGUUCCAUCAAACGUGCCGUUCACUGCAGACAAUGGCAACUCGAUUUCUCGAUAUUCCUAAUCACCCGCUGCUCAACAGUAUCUUCUCUUGCAUUGUCGAGCUGCAGGCAGCGCUGAAUAAAGUGGAUUCCUUUGUGUCACGGCUUGAAUCCCUAAGUAUUGAAGAACAACGCAGACUGAUCCUGUAUUGGUCAGAGCCCAGCAUGCAAGCUCAACACAGCAGCAACUCUCUCGACUGCUUGGCUUCGCAGUGGAAUGAUUCUUUCGAGCCCUGGUGUGUCCGCGGUGGUUUGCCCGCAGAUUUGCAGAGAAUCCUUCCAGAUCUGACUUGUUUGACCAACCCACCACCAUCACUGAGUACUGAUGGUGUUGCGGCAAUCGAUGACGAUAGCGGUAUUUCUGAUGUUCCCACUACACCACCGCAUGUUGAUAUCACGGCCAGCAAUGCGUCAGCGUUGGCUGCCACACUCUGCCCGCAGAUGCCGUCUUUUCUCUCUGAGCUCCUACCAGAGUUUUACAAAGCUCAGUGGAUGAUCAUGCUGAAACUGAUGAUGGUGAUGGUGAUGAUGGAUCACAUCCGACUAUUAGUGAAGCGGUGGGAUACAGCCUUGCAUGCAUGUUCAUUUUGGGCUGAAACUUGUAGUAGAGUAAACUUAGGCUAGGUUAGUCAUUUACCCCUUCCCCUAAUGGAGAUUCUGUCGACUUGCUGUGCAGUAGGUCAGCCUAGUAGUUGUACAUCCCGUGUGUCAACUUAGCUCACCCCACCUCUCACCUAGCACACGGGGGAAAUGUGUGUGUGUGUGUGUUUUAAGGGCGCAGGCCCCUGUGAAAUGCAGCUUUCUAUUGUCAUCGCUGUGGUAGCUUACAGCUUGAUUUCCCCUUCCACCUCUUUCAGUGUGUUCACUGCCUGUAGAUGUGCUCCUGUACUCAUUUCCUCCUAGCUUGAUUGUCAGUUUUCAUGUUCGAGACUAGGCUUGAUAGACUCACACCCCUAUCCUUGUGUGGUUUGCCCUCAACCCCCAUUAUUACUAGUGUCCGAGUUCCGACAGCAGAGUUCUUAUCACAGUUUAGUUAGAGGAUUGGUUCUGUUUAGCAAAGCUGAUGAUCUGUGUUCAAGUUGUGAUACACAUCGAGUACGUAGGUUAAGUUUUCUUCACUGCCUAAAGCAAAGUUGAAGGCCAGAAUGGUCAUUGGACCGGUUUCGCACUUGCUUUUUUUCUCGCAGGGGUAGGGGAGGGGUGUUGGGAAACAGUGUGUGCGUGUAUGCCUGUGGUGUCGCUUGCAUGCCCGCGUGUGUGUAUGUGUGCGUACGUAGCCGUUUGCACUUGCUUGGUGCAUGCACUGUCGUGUGUGUGUAUGCCCGUGCCAUGCGUGUGUAUGCCCGUGUGUGUGUGUGUAGUUUGUGUUGUCGCGGUGUCUUGCUUUUAUUUAGUGGCUUUGCAACAGCACUGUGCGUUCAUCAAGGAUCAGUACUCUUGUCGGGUAUAAUCUGGCGUUGACGGUUCCUCAUCGCGUACUGAUGAUGCGGCUUAUGAAGAAGGCAUUGUUUGCUGCUAGCACCUAAAUGCUAAACAUGCCUUAGUGCUUUAUUAGGCCGACGAGCGUUAAGUUUAACCUACAUCGGGAGAAAGCGUGCGCCUUGUUUUCGCCCGUAUAAAAGAGUUCGGAAAAUAAGCAGGUUUGAAGUUACUUUGGUAACGGCGUGAGGAGAAUUGCAAGUUUGUAGCCCCCCCCCCCCCCCCCUUCCUCUACAUGCUAGUGUAGAUUUACCAGGUCCUUGGCAAAACUAUCCUACUCACUGUUGUGUGGUGUGUACAAGUAUAAUGUGUGUGUAAGUGCUGUUGUAUGUGUUGUAUCAGUAGUACGCCAUCCGUGCCAGCAAGAGUACAUAACUACACAGAGUGUACAGCUCUGCUGUACCCUCCGUCACGACUCAUUUUCAGAAUUUCUUCAUCUUUUCGUGAUGUAGCCUGCACCUGACUUUACACACCCAAACUGCAUUGUGUAUGCUCAGUGCACUGUCAGCCUUGCAAACUGCAUUGCAUGCAUAGAGCAUAGCAUAGAGCUGAGUACAUCAUGAAAAAUGACGUAAUUUUGAAAGUGACUCGUGACAGCUCUCUGUGUGUAGUUAUGUACUCUUGGUUUCAGCAAUAUACUCUUAGUGACUCACUGUUCUGAGAGUGUAUUGCUGGUAUAGCUGGUGUAGCUGGUGUAGCUGGUGGUCUUCCAACAAGUUGUGUACGUGUUGUGUUGCUCUUCCUAUCAGUCCCGUCCCUCACACAUGUGGCACUCGUACACUGAUUUUUCCGGGCAGCACCUGGAUUUUGUGUCAUAUUGUGCUGUAAUGUGUUUUUACUGGUUGCCUGGGGGGGGGGGGGGGGGUUGAGAGGCCAACACUGCUACCCAUGCCAUUCCCGUCACACUUCCAUGUUGCCCUAGGGGAGAUGGUAUUCCACUUCCAUGUUGCCCUAGGGGAGAGGGUAUUCCCCUUCCAUGUAGUUCCCAGGGAGAGGGUGUUUUGCUGUAUUUUUACUCCGUCUGGGCCUCACUGCUUUUGCAGAGGCUCUAGAAAUCUCGACACCUGUCAUUCAUGCAGAAAGCUGCACUAUGCCAUGUUUUUGUGGCUUCGAAGUUUCCUUGCCGCACGACAAAGUGAUGAAAAUGUUCAUGCAAAGACACCUCCAGUUGCACAUUUCUAUGAUGGUCACGUGGUUGUGAGGAACCCAUAAUAGAGAUAUAAAGAUGCACUCAGCGUGCUUUUUAGGGACUUGGAUCACCAACCGUUUUGGGGACUUGGAUCACACCAAUCUUGCCGAACAUGAAGGAUCUGCAACUUGAAUCACGCCAAUCUUGCCCAAACUGAAGGAUCUAAUUCUUGCUGAUGCUAAAACUUAGCUAAAAAAUUUUUGAAACACUGAAAUUUCUUCGGACGGUCUUUCGUUUUUCUUGUCUACGAGGUGGCGUUACUUGUUAGUCAAUCAAGCGAGGGGACGGGGUGAGGGAUGGUGUUUAAUUUCACAACAUUUCUAUGCAUGCUGUUGGGGUUGCGGGGUUGCGUUGCAUUGGAAUUGUUUUGAUUGUGUGAGGGAUGCUGCAUGUUUGCUCUGUGAUAUGACUGUGUCAAUUCUUUUCAAUGGUCCACAUGUGCAUACUAUGCUUGUGCUCUUUGCAUUCUUUCACUUACCCAUUGGGUCAGUGUGUUGUUACCCCUCUUACCCAUGACCUUUGCUCAUCUGCAUUUCACUGUUGUGCCAGUUGAGUGUUUGUAAGGAGAUUGUUGCCAACUUGCUCUCUCAGGGGAAAUCAAAGUGUACUCCGCAACAAACAGCUAGACGUGUGUUUAUGAACACACGCACUGCAUUAGCAACGCACACAGCUAUGCUUGUGUUUAUGAACGCACGCAUAGCUGCUUUGGUAAUGCGUGCUGGACGUUGUUUAGUCGUUUGAAGCACGUCUGCGGGGUGUGCUCUGUACUUUCUCCUGACAGGUGUGUAAGCUGUGUACUGUCUUAUCAUAAGGUUGACACCACUUGACACAGUGUGCCACACUGCCCACAGUCAUCACUGGGGAUGUGGCGUCAACCGUAUGAUAGUGGUACUGUAGUCAUGGUGACAAGUACCUGGUACUGUGUGGUACUGUGUGGAUAGUGGCAACCUAGCCAAGACACUUACUCAGAGUUUGAACAAUUAUCUCGGCAGCUAACUGGUCUAGUGGUAGUCGUGGAUUGAUGGACGGUGAUUGCUUGUCAAGGUGCUGCCAUGUGCACUCGUGAAAAGGAUUUGCAAUUGGGCAGACCGCCAAUGCGAUAAGGGGAUUGUUCUGUUUUCAAAAAACCCUUAUCAAGUACACUUGAUCCUUUUGUUGCAUACAACCUGCUUGCCCAACUGCCUAAUACCUACUCACUGCAGACUGAGUACCUGCGCAAGCUAUGAUCCACACAUCAACUGACUCUCCAAUAUUUACAAGACAACGUGUUGUUGAUCAUGGUGGACCUCUGCACCAACUGGCCUGCUGCAGAGCGCAGUGUGUACUGUACCCAGUGCUCUAAGAGUGUUUGUGUCUUGGCUAGGUAGCUCUCAUCCUCGUGUGCAUGUACAGUCUCCUUGUGUACUAGUGGUAGUACUACAUGGCUUUUGAAUAGCGUUAUUCUUUCGGUGUUUCUCUGAUUGGUCUGGACCUGUUCUGUUGUGUCUGUGCAGCUCAUGGUGGAGUGACGACUGUCGCUCACACAACUAUCAUCAGCUGAUACACAUUGACAGUGCAGCACUUCCUGACAGCGACAGCAACACCUUGGUUGCUUAGUUGGUUGUCUGGAUGUUCGGCAGUGAGUGCCGUUUCUCAGUUUGGAUGGUGAUGUUGACUGGUGAUGUUGGCUGGUGAUGUUGACUGGUGAUGUUGACUGGUGAUGAUGGGUGGUAAUGAUGGGUGAUUGUGAUGAUGACGGUACGUAAGCAGUGAUAUCACGGCAUGGUCCUAUCUAUUGUUACAGCCCCCCCCCCCGUGCGUGGUUUUGACACCGUUGACUCUGCUAGCUUUGCUGUGUGCAUCUUCACAUGUUGGCCUAGUCUUUUUUAUUUAUACCGGUGGUCAGUAAUAAUUUUAUCUUUUUAUGUGUACAUAUUCUGGAGCAGCACAUGCGCUCAGACCAGAUUGCAUGGAUCUUGCCUGUAUGUGCCUGCUUCAACCAUGUCUAGUCCUCUGGUGGCCAAUACAGUCCUCCCGUUUCUGCCGCUGUUGAUACCUUUAAAAUAACGGUUAUAGUUUGUGCUUUGAGUGGCUGCUGCUUUUGCAUACUGUGACCUGCUGCUUUUGCAUACUGUGACCUGCUGCUUUUGCAUACUGUGACCUGCUGCUUUUGCAUACUGUGACCUGCUGCACAUUGUACUGGCCUGGGUGCGUUGGUCUUUGUUCUGCGAGUUUUCUGUGUGUGGGUCUCUCUCUCUCUCUCUAUCUCUCUCUCGUUAUAUUCUCUCUGGAUGUGUUUUUGAGCACAGUCCACCACAUACUGCAGCACUGGCCCUUGCUUGCUUGCUUUCUUGCUGCACAAUGUUUGCAGCAGCAGCAGCAGUAUUGGCACCAGUGCUCAGCAUCUCUUUGCGUUGUUUAUUCAUAUAUUUCUAUUUUUAUCUGUCCACUCCGUAUCCGCGGCUUCACUGCAACUUAGCUCUUUUAUCAACACCUUUGUAUUCACUCUCUAGCCAGGUGCAUGCAAUGAGCACACAGCAGUGACAGCACAGCACAUAGCAUCAUUUCCAUUGCCUGUAUCACACUGCAAAUACACAGUCUUGUCACCUGGUCACGCAAACUCUCGAUCUUAUUCUCCCGAA